AUCAACCCAGUUCAUUUUAAUAAUAAUAAUUUAAUUAAUAAUGAGUUCAGUUUACAGCAACUUAUUAUUAUUUCCAACAAUCAUCAAUAAUAGUAAUCAUAAUCAUACUUGUAAUAAAGUCAUCCAUAUAAACAGAAAAUUCACUACUAGUAAUUUUCGUACAAGCAGUAAAUUACAUUCGCAACUAAUCGACACCACUAAUAAUGUAGUUACUGAUAAUCAAAAGGAAUUGGAAUUGGAAAUGGAAAUGGAAAAACAAGUGAUGGAAAGGGAAAAGAGAGUGAUAGUUGGGACUUACGGCAGAGCCCCUGUCGUGUUCACCAGCGGCAUUGGCUGUACCUUGUCCGAUAUCCACGGCCGUCAGUAUCUCGACCUGACGUCGGGUAUCGCCGUGAAUGCGUUGGGCCACGGGGACCCUGAUUGGGUUCGGGCCAUCACGCUUCAAGCCAACACCUUGACUCAUGUCAGCAACCUCUUUCACACCCUCCCUCAGGUGAAUCUUGCAGAGCGACUAGUAGCCAAUUCAUUUGCAGACCGUGUUUUUUUCUCCAACUCUGGAACCGAAGCUAACGAAGCUGCCAUUAAGUUUUCAAGGAAGUUCCAGAGAUAUACACAUCCUACUGAUAAGACGGACCCGCCUCCUACUGAAUUUAUCUCGUUUACCAACAGUUUCCAUGGGAGGACAAUUGGUGCGUUGGCCUUGACCAGCAAACAGCAUUACAGAACACCUUUUGAGCCCGUCAUGCCUGGCGUUACUUUCUUACCGUAUGGGGAUAUUGAUGCUGCUGACGACCUGAUAUCUAGUGGUAAAAUUGCUGCAGUGUUUGUGGAACCUAUUCAAGGGGAAGGUGGAAUUUACAGUGCGACCAAAGAGUUUUUGAAAUCUUUGCGUGUUGCCUGUGAUAAAGCCGGAUCUUUACUGGUUUUUGAUGAGGUUCAAUGUGGGUUGGGUCGGACCGGUUAUCUUUGGGCACAUGAAGCUUAUGAUGUAACCCCUGAUAUAAUGACUCUUGCUAAGCCUCUAGCUGGAGGUUUGCCAAUAGGAGCUACACUAGUGACUGAACGAGUAAAUACCGCCAUCAAUUAUGGGGAUCAUGGAAGCACUUUUGCAGGCGGACCCCUUGUUUGUGCUGCUGCGAUAGCUGUCUUUGAUAAGAUAUCAAACCCGAGCUUUUUGGCUAGUGUCACCAAGAAAGGUGACUACUUGAAAGAAAUCUUGAAGAAAAAAGUAGGAGGAAACUCACACGUGAAAGAAAUACGAGGAUGUGGUCUUAUUGUUGGAAUCGAGUUGGAUGUGUCCGCAACACCACUUGUGGAUGCUUGUCGGGAGGCCGGUCUUUUGAUAUUAACUGCUGGAAAAGGAGACAUUGUUAGACUUGUGCCACCGUUGAUAAUUUCCGAGCAGGAACUGGAUCAUGCUGUUGAGAUCAUAUAUGAAUGUUUACAUGUUCUUGAUGGAAAGAAUCCUUAGUAGGAGCAUAGUGGACGGGGGUUGUUUUUGUUGUAUUACAUAAUGACGGGGUCUGUUUUUUCAUUUCUAGUUCGGUGUACCUAAGGUAUAACCUCAUGCUUUAUGCAUUGUUUUAAGAUUGCUUUAUAAGCUUCAAGCUCUAUUAAUCAUGUAGUCUGAUCAUUGGUGCA